AUGGCGUUCAAAAAGGUGGUUGUUAUAAACUGCCAGGGGCAUCUCUUAGGCCGUCUUGCAUCGACUGUUGCGAAGGAGAUUCUGAAUGGGCAGCACGUGGUGUGCGUGAAAUGUGAAAAUAUAAAUAUUUCAGGAUCUCUUCACCGCAAUAAACUCAAAUACCAGGCCUUCCUCAGGCUACGCAUGAACUCCAACCCUCGUAGGGGCCCCUACCAUAUGAGAGCCCCCUCACGCAUCUUCUGGAGGGCAGUGCGCGGUAUGAUCCGUCAUAAGACAAUCCGAGGCAAGAAGGCUUUGUCCCGUCUUGAGGUCUAUGAAGGAGUACCCGUCAAGUACGAAAGGAAGAAGAAAGUCGUCGUGCCUCAGGCACUGCGUGUAAUGCGGCUGAGACCUGGGCGCGACUUCUGCCGCCUGGGAGAGUUGAGCGAAAUGGUCGGCUGGUCUAAGGGCAGCUUGAUCUCGCGUCUUGAAGAGAAGAGAAAAGCUCGUUCAGAAAAGUUUUUCCAGAGGAAACAGACUGAGGCAAAGGCGAAAGCAGCGGCAAUGAAAGAAGUAACAAAAUCAAUGCCGAAGGAGUCUGUGCAGCUGCUGCAGGAGUGCGGCUAUGCAUAA